AUGCUCUUGAAAAUUGCAUUGUUGCUUGCCUUCGGUCAAUGUUUCAUUGCAGCCGUACCAAUCACCGAUAUCGCGGUAAGUUAUGUAACAAAUCGAAGCGACCUUCCCAAAAAAAUUGAGUUAAUUUAGUAGAAAAAAAAAUGAAAAAAUAAGAAAUUCCAGAAAAUAAAAAAAAAUUAUAGUGCUUUUGAUAAGGUUCCAAAAAACUUCAAAUUUUUUCAGUAAAAAUUCCAAGUAGUCAAAGAUUGUUCGAGAAAUCUUCUCUCAUCAAAUUUAAUUUCAGAAUUUGUGCACUACUGACCGAACUUGUUAUUCUUCACCUGACAAAUGUGAACUCUCUGAAGACGGAAAUUGUGACUUUGUUCUCUCCGUAAGUCCUAUUAUCACUGUCCUCACUGCGAUUAAUAAUUACUAAUAUAAUUUUCUAUUUUCAGUUGAGCCCAACCCAAACUGAUUUCUAUAUCAAUGAAACCAACUUCGACAAAUACACUAUAAUUUAUAGUAAAAAAGAUGUAGGUUUCACAAAUUUUAUAAUUAAUACAUACAAUAUUAAAAUUUUCCAGGGAAUUCGCGCAUUGAAAUAUCUUCUUUGCUAUCAAGGUUAUCAAAGAUGUUUCAUGGGAAGUGAAAAGAAAAACGAUAUUUGGAGACUCGAAAUGAAAUAUGCUACAAAAAUGACAGUUGUAGAUGAAGCUGAAGGAACUUAUUUGUAUUCAUUCCCAAGAGUUGUUUUUGAAACUGGAACUGGUGUUGAAUACUUUUAUGAGAAACGUUAUAUUGGUGCUCCAAUUCAUGCAAAACAUGGAGUUCCUCUCACUCAUCUUUCUGGACCACUCUUGACUAUUAAUCUUCAGGUACAUACAUAUGUUCGUAGAAUAUUAGGAUCUGUGUGAAAUGUUUUCUUGCGAGUGACGUCAUUUUUUUUAACGUUUUUUUUUUGAAAAAGAAAAUUCGUUGUUCAGAAAAAAACACCAAAUGCAAUUAGUGUAUACGGUACAAAUAAUGAUGUCAUUUUUUAAUUUGUUUUCUUUCAGAGCGUAAAAGGUGGCAAUGACACUAAAACAUUGGAAACUAUGCUUCACAAUGCCGCCAAAUCCUUCGUUGAUAUUGAUCCAAAUAAGUCAAGUCAAAAUGGAACUAGAAGAAAUCCAAAAAUCUGA